AACUAGAAUUUGUGUAACAAGAAGUAUGAGAUUAUUGAAUCAAAUUAGAAAUAUCACAUUACUAAUGUACCAUAAAUUUCAUAAUUUAUUUAAUUCAAAUAAUAAAUGUUUAGCAUAUUUUAUAAUUAUCAUGUUUAUUACAAUUUUGUAUUAUUCAAUUCUAAUGAAACUAAUAAAUCCUGAAGUUACAUAUAUAAUUGCUCCAACUUCAUCUGGGAUAUUUAUACAAUUUACAAACAAUUCAUUAUCAACAAAUCAUACUACUGAAAUUGUGACACAUCGUACAACUAGUUCAACCCCUAUAAUUACCACUAAAACUUUUCAUCCUCAACGCCAUCACCAUCAUCAUCGUCGUCGUCCACGUUAUGGUCACAAAAAAAUGAGAUUGAGAAAAGUAAAGUCAUUGAACAUCAUCAAGUCAAAGUUUCAAGUACAUUCAAGAUUAAAUUGGAAAACUAAAAAAAAUGAUGAUGUUUUAUCACAAAAUUUGUUUCCUCCAUUAUAUCUUAAUCAUUCAUUUUGUUUUAAUCAAUCUAAUUUUUAUAUUCAUAAUGAAAAAUAUAUUAAAUUUAAAAAAUAUCGACAAAUUAUAAAUUUAACUAAUGUAUUAAGAGUAUUUAAUAUAAGUCAAUGGUUAAAAAUAAAGCCAACUAUAUGUCAAUCUAGUAAAAUAAAUUUAUUAAUUAUUAUAUUCUCUCCAAUAAUAGAUAAUUCAAUUCGUUAUAAAAUUCGUCAAACAUGGGGUUCAAUUAAAUAUAUUUUAAGUGAUACUAUUAUAAAUAAACAAUAUUUUAAUGGAUUAAAUAUUAUUGAACAUUUAUUUAUUGUUAAUAUUACAAAAUAUAAAUGCAAACAAAAUUCAAUUCAUAUUCAAAAUCUUUUAAAAGAAGCACAAUAUGAAAAAGAUAUUUUAAUUUUAUGUUUAAAUCAUUUACAAAAUAAUUUAGCUUCAUUAUAUCUUUUAACAAGUGAAUUCUUAUUAAAUUCUUGUAAACAUUCUAUAGAUUUUGUUUUAUUUAUUAAUCAUGAUUUAUUUCCUAAUUUAAAUGCUUUAAUACAAUAUACAAAUUCAAAAUUAUUACAUUUAACAUCGAAUACAUUAAAACAAAAUUAUAAUCCAUCUAUAUAUUGUAUACCAAUGGUACAAAAACAUAAUGAAUAUAAUAAACGAUUUAAUAAUUUAUAUAAAAAUUAUUUACCUAUAUGGCAAGGAAAUAUUUAUCCUACAUAUUGUGAUAUUAAAACUGGUGGUUUUUUAUUAUUAUUUAAAACAAUGAAACAAUGGUAUACAUGUUCUCAUUUAUAUAUACCAUUUAAUCCUAUACAAGUUUAUUUAACUGGUUUUAUAAGAUAUAUAGCUAAAAUUGAUAUUGAAAAUUAUUGGAUAAAUUAUUGGUCAAUUAGUAAUUUGUUACCAAGUGUAUCAUUAAAUAAGAAAAGUAAAAAAUAUUUAUUUUUUCAAAAAUCUAUUAAUCAAAAUAGUCGAGUAUGGAAAAGUGUAUUUCGUGCAACAUUGAGUUGAUAAUACCAUAUAUAUGUAUGUGCAUGUACUUUUUUAUGAAUCUUACUUUUGUUUCCAUUGCGUUGAAAUAUGUUAAUUCAAAUUAAUGAGUCAUUUGAAAUAAAAAUAUAGAUCAAAUUUA